AUGGAGGAUCAGACUAUCACCUUAAAUAUAAAAUCAAGCUCAAGCUCACAAGAAAAUAAGGUGCACGCACAGCUUUUAUGAACAGUUGGGCAGCUGAAAUCUGAAUGCUCUAAUACAAUGGAUAUUCCUAUAGAAGAAAUAAGACUUGUCUAUAGAGGUAAAAGUUAUAUAGGAAAAAUUUUGAAAGAUGAUACAGUAUUGCAGACUCUUGGAAUUGCUGAUGGCCACUCUGUACAUUUAGUUAAAAGUCCUUCAAAAAGUUCUCAAAAUCAGCCGCAGCCUUCUCAGCCUUCACAGCCUGUGCAAUCUGCUCCAGUAUCUCAAGGUCUUCCACAUCCAAACGUGAAUCCUCAACCAAGCCAACCUCCUCAGAUGCCAAACAAUUUUAAUAUGGGAGGCCUAGGAGGUAUGGGAGGUCUAGGAGGCAUGGGAGGCAUGGGAGGUAUGGGAGGCAUGGAUCCUCAGAUGAUGCAACAAAUGAUGAAUGACCCACAAAGCCAACAAAUGAUGAUGACAAUGCUGUCAAACCCUCAGUUUUUGGAGUCAGUUAUCAGCCAAAAUCCAAUGUUGAAACAGAUGGUAGAUUCAAAUCCACAGAUAAGAGAAAUGUUGAGAAACCCAGCAAUGAUGCAAAGCAUUUUUUCAAUGAUGAGAGGAGGAAUGAUGCCUGGAAUGGGAGGCAUGGGAAUGCCUGGGAUGGGAGGAAUGGGAGUAUCACAGCCACAGGCUAGUCAGGCUUCACAAAAUCAGCCAGCAUAUCAGCCGAAUCAAUCAAACUUUUCUCAGCCAGGACAAAGCUUGCCUGGAAUGAUGCCUGGAUAUGGAUAUCCUUAUGGAGGAAUGGGAGGAUAUGGAGGAGGAUACGGAAUGCCUGGGUAUGGAGGUUAUAAUCAACCUGCCCCACAGCAAAAUCUAAUUCCCUCUUUUAAUAAAUUAACUAUUUUGGCCAUUAUGAGCAACCUUUGAUAAACGUUUUAUAUCAAAAUCUUUUUUAUUUAUAGAAAUGCUUUGGAUUUAAAAGGAUUUUAAGAAGAAGACAAAUAACAAUAUCAAAUAUUUUAAUCAUAAAGCCAUAUAUAUUUUAAAACAUUGCAAUUUAAAAUAUUUAAAAAAUAUUAUAGAUUAUUAAAAAGCCUGUUGAUUUUCUGGUUAUUAAAUUGAUGGAUUAAGUGAAGUAUAUGCUUCACAAAUUACGCAAAUAAAAGAAAUGGGCUUUAAUGACGAAAAUUUAAUAAUUCAAGCACUACAAGUAACCGGAGGAAAUGUCGAAGGGGCUAUAGAAUGAUUAAUAAAUAGCCGUUAA